AUGAGAGAGGGACGGCGGCGGUUGUGGGUUGGUGCGAGUUACGGCGAUGACGGCGGCGAGGUUCGGCGGGACGGGUAUCGUUUUCUCUAUGGGGGUAUCACAAAGUGGACGGGCGUCGAGGACGGAAUCAAGCGCCAUCCUGCCUCAGUCGAAGGAGGUAUUUUGCCCAGGUAUCCGUACUUGCAGGCGGCGGCGGCCGUACCGUACUGUAAGGCAAGGGAUGGCAGGCCGCGGGCCAUUAGCAAACCAUCGAAGGACUCAAAAGCGAGAUCCAUCCUUCACUACAUCCCCAUGCCAUCCAUGCGCAUUCCUCAUCCACCAGUACCAGACCAGACCAGUGACAAGCAACAGCAGCACAUCCAGGAGGUCCCCAGUCCCUACAAUCGCUCUGUCCUGUUGGAGGGGGCCUGGCGACGGACGGCGCGCCGGACAGGGCAAGACACGCUGGCAGGGUUGGCCUGGCAGAGGUGGGAAGCCAUUGGCGGGCUACGAUUAUGA